GCCCCGAGUCGUCCAACGCGAUUACGCGAGGUGGGAACAACGAGAACGGUGUGUAGUAAAAGUGGCCUCUCUCUCUGUACGAUUGUGCCGUGGUGAUUUUACGUUAAAAUAUUUCAAAUAUGUUCUCUUUCGCCGAGAGAAUAACAAAGUGACAAUAUUUCUGGCUUGCUGGAAACAUGACAGCAGCCAUUUAAAGUAAAGAGCAGCGUUGUCAAAAUAAGGCAGAAAAUAAAUAGUUAAAACACAACGGAGCGUCGGAGUUGUGAUAAAGAACCUUAUGUGCAGCGUCAGUGAAGUGAUGUUUGAUAAGCGUGUGUGUAAAUUGGACUGCCGAAUUGUUGGACGAGAUUGUGAUUAAUCUAGUUUCAAAUAUGAACUGGUGAUGAGAAUGUUCUAAGGACCCGGUGAACUGGUACCAGUGAGUGUGGUCCGUCAUAGACUGGGUUCUGCAGACACAAGCACACGUAUACUGGUGAAGAUCGUCGAAACAUAGCCUUUUUAAAGAGGUAACCAUGGAGGCGUCCACAUCCGAGGAUCACCCCCAACAUCAGCAGAAUAUAGCAAUGGCUCAAGAAAACAUUGAUAAUCUGAACGUAAAUACUUGUAAUGGAAAAAUUAUAGAGCAAAUCGAAGAAAAUAAAGAACAAGAAUCUUUUUCUGUGAUAAAAGAUGAGAAAAACAGUGAUAGUGACGCUAACAGUGAAGAUUUUAGUUCUAAUGAUGAUCAAAAUAAUCUAAAUAGUGGAAGCAGCUCUCAGUUAUAUGAAAGCAGUGACAGUAAAGUAGAUUACGCGGUAAAAAUAGACGAUAAUGAUACUCUAAGUGAUAUAGAUGACAUUAAAACAGACACUGCUUCUGCUGAUAGUGAAGAUUCAGCACUAGGAAGUCUACCACCAGAUACUGCACUUAACGACAGAGAAGAAGAAGUGCAAGAUCGAUCUGAUGGGAGCGAUUCGGGCAUUGGCUCUGAAACACCUGAAGAGCUGAAAUUGCCCAGCUUCAACAUUGCUCUCCCAUGUUCGAGCGGUUUAGCGAGUGUUCAACAAUGUGACUUAACUAAACAAAGUGAUAUUGAAUGUAUAAAAAAUAACAAUGAUGCCAAGCAAAAAUUCGGCUUAAGUGCUCCAGCUCAAAAAAAGGAACCCUCCAAAAGCAAUCUUAAAAGAAAAAUAGAAGGUGAGAAUAGUGAAGGACCGCAGGGAAAGCGGAAAAAAGAGAAUAUAAAAUUCGAUAGUGUUACAGUUUACUACUUUCCAAGAGCUCAAGGAUUCUCAUGUGUUCCUUCUCAAGGAGGAUCUACAUUGGGAAUGGAAUGGGAGCACAGUCAUACACAGAAGUUUUCUUUAGUUGAGCAUGCAAUGGAACAAAGAAGGUUGCACAAACAAAUUUUGCAGCAGCUAAAAAGUGAACGGCAUACACUGCAAGGGGCAGCAUUAUCAUCGAGUGAAGACAGCGACACCGAAGAAGAAACAAGUGAUAUUUCAGAAUCUGAACUAGACUUGGACAGUUACUACUUUCUACAACCUGUUACUACUCGACAAAGACGAGCUCUACUACGUGCGGCUGGUAUUAGAAAAAUUGAAGGUUACGAAAAAGACGAAUGUAGAGAUAUAAGAACUUCUCGUGAGUUUUGUGGAUGUGCUUGUAAAGGAACUUGCAACCCUGAAAACUGUUCAUGUAGUUUGGCAGGCAUUAAGUGUCAAGUGGAUAGACUAAACUUUCCAUGCGGCUGUACAAGAGAAGGAUGUAGCAACACCACAGGCCGCAUUGAAUUUAACCCUGUAAGGGUGAGAACGCAUUUUAUUCAAACUCUUAUGAGAAUAGGCCUAGAAAAGAAAAAUGAAGAAAAUCAGGAAGCUGUAAAAAGACAUUGGGCGGCACAUAAUACAAACACCCAACCGUGUGUUCCGAAUUCAACAUAUGACAGAAAUCGAUGCUUAGGUCAAAACGAGAGAUUGUUACGUGACGUAAAUCUUACGCCAAAAGUAGAAGUCGAGUCAUGUGUAAAUAAUGGCAAUUUUAAUAAUAUUCACUGUGACAUAGCAAACGCAAAUAUACAAAACAUGCAGGAUAACAUUAGUUACGCUUAUAGAAAUGAGGCACCAAAUCAGAAAAACGCAAAUGAUAACACCAUUAUGCGAUUUGACGACAACAGUCAUCACAACCAUACAGAAGCUUAUACUUCCAAUAUAUUUCAAGGAAAAGGGCCUCCUUUCAAUCCUAAUAACUCUAUGGCGUUCCAGACUAUCUCUGACAAUAUGCAAAGGUUUAACUACACAUAUGAGCAGCAUUCACAGCACACUGAUCACAUUCAAUACAAGGGACAACAAAGCUACUCAGCGACGAGCUUCGAAGAAUUCGCUCAUAACUCACAAAUGUCCAUGUUCAGUCAUUAUGGACAUAUAUACGUUCCUGACUAUCUACACAAACCAAGCCCAAGCAUACACGAACAUAGCACAUUCCACGCUAUGCCUCAGAAUCAUUAUGAUAUGUAUAAGAAUACUGUAGAAAGUGUAGAUACAGAAAAUAAGAAUGAUCCACAUUAUACUACAUUAAUGACAUUGCCAUAUCAAAGUAGCAAUAAGUUGCAAAGUGUAGAGAACGAUGAGAAUUGGUUUAGUCAGAACACUCUUAUGAGCCUCGAUCAUGCAGAGCCCUCAAUUCACGCCACUCCAGCAGUGCAGGCCGAGUCUGCCGAAACAACAGAAAGCAAUGUCUCUGAGGCUACUGAAAACUUUGGUGAACUAAUUAAGAAAACUAUGGUAGAGUCUGUUAUUGUGUAGAUAAAAUUACUUGUUGUCUUUUAAUCGUCUUAAUGAACUAUCAUGUUAUUAAGUUUUUGAUUAUAUUAAUUGAGAAAUUCAAAGUGUUAUCUUUCUUCUGAACACAGUUUAUUAAUAGAGCGAUUAUAAUAUUAUAAGCAGUUUUCCUGAUCUGUAAACUUAUAAAAUAUAGCUAGAUUUAUCCUUGUUUACAUUUGUCGAAAAAAAAUAUUUAUUAUAACUUACAAACACAU